AUGAAUAACACUACAAUCAGCACUACAUCAUUAAGUUGUGGUUCAGACUCAUAUCUAGGUUUGCCGAUUCCCGAGAGACUUUCCCAUGAGCUUCGCGCUGUAUUCAUCUUCAGAAUCGCCAUUAACGCUGUAAGCUCUCCUUUCGUCAUUUUGCUGAACAUCUUGGUGAUGGUGGCAGUGAAAACCAACCGUCGACUUCGCACCAAAUCUAACGUAUCACUUGCCUGUUUAGCCACAACUGACCUUGUUGUCGGACUUGUUGUUCAACCUUUACAAAUCAUUCACUACAGCUUUAUGCUCAAAGGUGAGACUGACAUAAUUUGCAGAACGGUUGACAAGAUAACAGCAGCUAUUACCUUAAGGUGUGUCAUAACGUCGUUUAAUCAUUUCGUUGUAUUGAGUGCAGAGCGUUAUCUCGCCAUAAAACACUCUUUCGCAUACGAGAACCUUGUUACUGAGGUUCGUAUCAUCGUAGCCUCUGGUCUGGCGUGGGCUGCCGCGAUCAUCCUUCCGAUGGACAACUUCUGGCCAGCAAAUAUAACAAAAGGCGCAAGAUUUGCAGUUCUUGUUAUGCAGUUUAUCUGUCUUGCGUUAGUUGUUUAUUUUAACGUUUCUGUAUACAGAGAGGUCCAGCGCAACGAAAAACAAAUUAUUGCUAAUCAAGUUUCCACAGAAGUUAAGGAGAAGUUGCUCAAGAAUAAGAAAGCUUUUUACUGCACAGUUAUUGUUCUGCUCACAGUCUUUCUGUGUUAUUUCCCGGCAAAUAUCAUUGUUGUCAUUAUGAUAUCGUUUUUGAAAGACAGCAUCGCUCUUAAUGUAAAACAUAUCCUGUUUAAUCUUAUUACUUUAUUUCCCGUACUGAACUCGUUGUUUAAUCCACUGAUUUACGCUGUUAGAAUUAAAUAUUUCCGUGUAGCUUUCAUUCAGUUGUUGUCGAGGAAAACUAUUGCAGAAGCCGAGCAGCUUGAAAGGAAUAUUUUUGGACCAAAACAAGUUAGAGUUGUAGCUACUGCUGAACAGGAAGAAAACAGGGUUAGUCGAGAAGGUGAAGUGGAACAAGGAUAUGAAACACUGAACCGAUAA